GAUACUAACUGUACAAAUAUUUCACUAGAAUAUUUAAAAGGCAGUAAAAGGCAAAGGUGCAGAUCUAAUCUAUGAACAGAUAAUGGCAUUGUACAACACAGUACAUGAGUCGUCCUACAGAUAGGGCUAUUGUGAGCACACACUACCCCACCAUGAGGCUGGUGCUACCGAAUCCCGGGCUCGAGCAGCGGAUACCAGACUAUGAGAAAGUGGAAAAACUGGAACAACAGGAGCUCCAAGGCCGGCCCAAGUGGGACAACAAGGCCCAGUACAUCCUCACCUGUGUGGGGUUUUGUAUAGGACUUGGAAACGUGUGGCGCUUCCCCUACCUGUGCCAAAGCCAUGGAGGAGUAACGUUUCCAGGCGCUUUCUUGAUUCCUUAUCUAAUCCUGCUCGUGCUGGAGGGAACGCCUCUGCUGCUUUUGGAGUUCGCUAUUGGCCAGCGUUUGAGGAAAGGCAGCGUGGGAGUGUGGCGUGCAAUUAAUCCUUAUCUGACCGGUCUUGGCAUCUCGUCUAUGCUAGUGUCCUUCUUGAUUGGGCUGUACUACAACACCAUAACUGCGUGGAUCUUGUGGUAUUUGUUUAACUCAUUUCAAGAUCCCCUUCCCUGGAAUCAGUGCCCCCUUAAUGACAAUAAAACAGGUUACGUGGCCGAAUGUCAAGACAGUUCCACGGUUGAUUACUUCUUCUACAGAGUCACUUUGAACAGCUCGUCCUCGAUAGGUGACUCUGGAGGUAUUCACUGGCCAAUGGUCGUUAGCCUGUUAGCCGCCUGGACGAUCAUAUUUAUCUGCUGCAUUAGGGGGAUCAGCACGGCAGGGAAGGCUGUGUACGUCACUGCAGUCCUACCUUACUUUGUUCUGGCCAUUUUCCUGAUCCGGGGACUGACACUUAAAGGUGCUCUGAACGGAGUCAAGUUCCUCUUCACACCAGUCGUUGAGGAGUUAAUCAACCCAAACACGUGGCUGGACGCCGGAGCGCAGGUCUUCUUCUCUUUUGGAUUAGCUUGGGGAGGACUCAUUUCUUUCUCCAGCUACAACCCACUGCACAACAACUGCAAGAAUGAUGCCAUAAUCUUGUCGGUUGUUACUGCUGCUACCUCAGUCUACGCGGCUAUGGUGACCUACACGAUCAUAGGGUUCAGAGCUACAGCUAAAUAUGAUCAGUGCAUCGAUGGCAACAUCGUGACUUUAUUAAACGCCUUCGAUUUAGCGGAAAACAACAUCACACAUGGCAACUACGAGGAAGCCUAUAAACAUUUAAACAGCACGUAUCCAGAGACAGUUAUGGGGCUGGAUAUUCUCACCUGUGACAUGCAAAAGUUUCUUAGUGAGGGAGUGGAGGGACCAGGUCUGGCGUUCAUCGUGUUCACAGAGGCCAUUAUCAACAUGCCGGCCUCUCCAGCGUGGGCCGUACUGUUUUUCAUCAUGCUCCUGUGUUUGGGACUCUCGACUCUCAUUGGAACGUUUGAGGGAGUGAUCGUCCCGUUAAGAGACCUCCACGUGUUCCCUAAAUCAUGGCCGCAGGAAGUAGUAGCUGGUGUAACAUUUCUCACUGCCUUCAUCAUCACUUUGCUGUUUGCACAACAUUCUGGGUUUUACUGGGUCACUCUCUUCGAUAACUUCGCCGGAUCAGUCCCUCUCCUUUGCAUCGGUUUGUUUGAGAUCGUAAUCGUGGUCUACGUCUACGGUGUCGACAGGUUUAAUGAAGAUAUCAAGUUUAUGAUUGGGUCUAAACCUGGAAUAUUCUGGCAAGUCACGUGGAGGUUCGUCAGUCCUCUCAUCAUACUGGUUAUUUUAAUUUUCUACCUGGUAACGCAAGCACAAGGAGAACUGACCUAUUUAGUGUGGGACCCCAGUUCUGAUAAUUUCCCAUCUCUGGCAUCAGUUCCUUAUCCAGACUGGGUUUACGCUGUGGUCUUUCUGUUGGCCGGCGUCCCCAGUUUGGCCCUGCCCUUCUACGCUUUGUGCAGAGUGAUCUACAACAGAUGCAACAAAAAGAACGACACGCAAAAGUUUUAAAGCAGAUGUAAAUGAAAA